AUGGACAUCAACUAUCUAGAGUUGACGUCCUCUGUGAUACCGCAGUUGUACAAAGGCGCACAGGUGGUACAAUUAUCGACUGUGUCUUAUGUAUCUAUUCUUUAUUUUCUUUGCAUGAAAGGGAGCACAAUGGUUGUUUCUGAUAUCAACCGGAUGGCACUCCCAAAUCGGAGUAUUAUCGGGAUGGCAGUCUUGAAGAGGACAGUGUAG